AUGAGUAAUUAUCAUCCUCUUCUUCAUCCGCGUAAUGAAGCUCGUAUUCGCUCCCAGACUCAGAGUCCACAAAGUCACUGGCAACACCACCCACUCCUCCCAUUGUUAGCAUCAUGUAAGCCCUUUCCUGUGUUCCCGCCGCGAUACUCCAACAUCAGUAUGGCAGAAAAGAAAUGAUCCAAGACCGCAAAAUACGAACAAGCUAGAAAACCCUAACCUGCUCCUGUAGCCUCCUGGCGAGCGCAAGGUCCGCCUCGACUUGGCUCAGGCUGGUAAACGGCCUUCUCGAAACGCGUAGAUGAGGAUCGGGUUCCAGCGCGUAAUCGACUUCUUCUUCCUCCUCCUCCUCCUCCUCCGCUAUUUCAGCUUCUUGUCCGUUGUCCUCUUCUCCCCUUGCCUCCACUUCCCAUCGAUUCUCCUCCUCCUCCUCUUCUUCGUCAUCUUCUUCUUCUACUUCGUCUUCUUCUUCUUCUUCUUCUUCUUCUUCUUCUUCGUCUUCUUCUUCUUCUUCUUCUUCUUCUUCUUCUUCUUCUUCUUCUGCUUCUGCUUCUGCUUCUUCUUCAUGUUCUCCUCCUCCUCCUACUCCGCCGGUGGACGGCGGGCGGGGGAGUUCCACACCAGUGUUGCCGCCAUUUUUGUGGUUGUCCAUGAAAAUUCGAGGAGGGGGGAGAAGGAACGGAAUGAAGAAGAGCUGUUGCAGGAAGCGGAGAACCUGGAGGGCGCGGUCGGAGAGAUGGAGGCAGAGGGAGAGAGGCGACAUGCGCCAAGAAGAGAGAGGGGAGAGGGGAGAAACGGGGGCAGAGCUUUUCAUGAAGAUGAAAAACAACUGAAGAAAACAAAUGCCCCCCUCCCUGGAAUGAUCGGGAGAAGAAGAAGGGACCUCAAUAUCUGGCACAUCUGAGGAAAUAAAUUCCCUCUAAAAGUUUGUUACGGCCGAUGCCUUUCUUCACCCGGAGUGAACCCGUCGUCAGGGCAAACAACCUUCCGAGAUUCCCAAACGGGCCAUCUCAUCAGCGAGCCCAUGGGCCUGACAUUGUGGGCCCCUACUUAUGGGCUGAUAUGUGCGUGUCAGACGAGUGGUUUAUUUGUAUAUGAUUAAUGAUUCAGGGGUAACUGCACUAACUGACCUUUUUAAGGGGGUAAUUAUCAAAACCUAAACAAAUCAGCAUGCGGGGUUUUUCAACUUUGUCUUCCUCUUCGUCUCCGGGGGCUCGCCGUCUGCUGGCACGAAGUCAGAACGGAAGGCCGGCGAGGAAUCUCGCCGGAGAGAUCGAUGCGGCAGAGAUGAGGGGAUCGACCUCCUCCACCAAGCACCGAAUCUCCGCCGCCGGGCUACGCGGAACCCUCGCCUCGAGCUCGUCGGCAGCAAUCUUGGUGAAUCCUCACAACGGAGAGUCGUCGGCUCAGGCUCAGACGCCCUCGAGCUCAGAUCCGACGAUUCAGGUCUUCUCGAUCUUGUCCCGGCCAGGCUGGAACAAGAACUCCGCCUUGAAGAAUUUGGCUCCUUCCUUAACGCCUUCCCAUGUCUCGAAGCUCAUGAAACAGCCCCUCGAUCCCAAGACUGCGCUGAAUUUCUUCGACUGGAUUGCACGGAGGCCUGGAUACCGGCACACCAUCAAGUCCUACGCCUCCCUCCUCCAAACACUCGUCAAGUCCAGAUUUCUUGGUCCGGCGGAGAAUAUCAGGAUCUCCAUGAUAAAGUCUUGCUCAUCGGCAGAGGAAGUGGCCUCUGCGCUCAAUGUCAUUUGUGGCGUGAAUCGAAAUCAAGGUGCCAGUGUCAGUGAUGGUGAGAAAUUCAGAUUAACACUUCGGUGUUACAAUUUGCUACUGAUGGCCCUGGCAAAGUUCAGAAUGCUGGAAGAGAUGAGGAGAUUGUAUAUGCAGAUUCUGGAGGAUAAGAUUUUGCCAAACAUUUAUACUUACAACACCAUGAUCAACGUAUAUUGCAAGGAAGGGAACCUUACUGAGGCAAAGUUGUACUUGAGUUACAUUUUGCAGUCUGGGCUGAAGCCAGACACAUUUACAUACACCUCCCUCAUUCUGGGCCACUGCAGGAACGGCGAUUUAGAUGGGGCCUGCCAAAUUUUUACCGCAAUGCCUCAGAAGGGGUGUCGUAGAAAUGAAGUUUCAUACAAUGUUCUAAUCCACGGGCUCUGCGAGGGGAAUAGAAUAGAGGAGGCUUUCCUUCUGUUCUCAAGGAUGGAAGAAGAAGGCUGUGUGCCAACUGUCCGCACGUAUACUGUACUAAUAUCCUCUCUCUGUAUGUCUGGGAAGAUUGCGAAUGCGUUCUCCUUGUUUCAUAAAAUGAAAGAGAAGGGUUGCGCACCGAAUGUUCACACGUACACUGUGUUGAUUGACGGGCUUUGCAAAGAGGGCAGGCUCGAAGAAGCAAAGUCCAUGUUGAAUGAGAUGUCUGCGGCAGGGUUAGUCCCCACAGUCAUUACCUACAAUGCUUUGAUCGAUGGGUAUUGUAAAGAGGGAAAAGUCGACGCUGCCUUUGGCUUCAUGGAAAUGAUGGAAUCAACCGGAUGUAAGCCUAAUACAAGGACCUAUAAUGAGCUGAUCUGUGGCCUUUGCAAGGUGAGAAAGGUGCACAAGGCAAUGAGUUUGUUGAGUCAGAUGCUUGAGGGUGGCCUUUCUCCUAGUCUCAUCACAUAUAACUCACUGAUCCAUGGUAUGUGCAGGGAAGGGCAGAUUGAUGGCGCCUUUAGGCUAAUUGAUCUGAUGAUUGAGGCUAGUUUGGUACCUGACGCGUGGACUUAUUCUACAUUAAUAGACUCUCUUUGCAAACUUGGUAGGAUGGAGGAAGCUUACUUUCUCUUUGAUUCAGUAGCCAAGAAAGGUAUCAAGGCAAAUGAGGUCAUAUAUACUGCAUUAAUCAAUGGAGAGUGCAAAGCAGGAAGAAUUGACACUGCUUGUUCAUUGCUUGAGAAAAUGAUUUCAGAGGGUUGUGUGCCCAAUUCGUGCACAUACAAUGCGUGUAUUGAUGCCUUGUCAAAAGAAAUGAAAACCCAGGAAGCUAUGUCACUUUGGAAUGAGAUGGUGGCACAAGGAGUGCAACCUGAUGUUGUCACUUGUACAAUACUUAUGGCUGGUUUGUUGAAGAAAGGUGACAUCGAAGAUGCUAAGAGGAUAUGGGACCAAAUGCUUUUGUUGGGUUGUAAGGCUGACACAUUCACCUAUACUAUUUUUAUUCGUGCAUAUUACAAAGAAGGAAAGUUGGAUGACGUCGAAAAUUUGAUUUCAGAAAUGGAGAAAGAAGGUGUUCAUCCAGACACAGUGAUGUAUAAUACUUUGAUAGAUGGUUGUGGAAAUGUAGGAAUGAUGGAUCAGGCUUUUUGUUUCCUCAAGCGCAUGAUGGAUUCACAGUAUGAGCCCAACCGGCAGACAUAUGGUAUCCUAGUCAAGCACAUGUUUGGUUUGAAGCAAAGUGAUGGAAAUGGUGUUGAUGGCAUUGACAUGUGGAAGUUUCUGCCCAUAGAGACCGCACUGGAGUUGUUGGACCAGAUGGCUGGACAUGGGUGCAUCCCUGGUGUUGGCACCUACAGCGCUCUCAUAAAAGGAUUUUGUAAAGAACAACGGGUGGAAGAAGCAAAAAUGUUACUCCACCGUAUGCAAGAGAAGGGAGUAUCCCCCAAUGAAGAUAUUUACAAUGGUCUCAUAAAAUGUUGCUGUGAAGAAAAGUUAUUUAUACAGGCUCUGGGUUUUAUGGAUGUAAUGACUAAAUGUGGUUAUCAACCACAUUUAGAAUCAUUCAAGUUACUUGUUUCUGGCCUUUGUGAUGAAGGGAACGUUGAACAGGCCAAAUUAGUUUUUGUUAGUUCACUUGGUUGUGGGUAUAAUUCUGAUAGCAUUGCAUGGGAGAUCCUCAUUGAUGGGUUACUUAAAAGGGGUCAUGUUGACUGGUGUUCUGAGAUGUUAUCAAUUAUGGAGAAAAUGCAAUUCAAGCCUAGUAGUCCUACGUAUUCUAUGUUGAUCAAAGGAAUCUCUUGAUGGAAGAAACCGAGCAUAGGCAAUAUUGUGACGUAUUCUCCAUCCUCAAAGGGAGAAGAAGUGAAAUCUUCUUUUUUCCACGGAGAUGUUAAUAUGAGAUAUUGGGUUGCAUCACCGCAUUCUGUUUUCUUCCAGGAGGAUGGUGUCUACUGAAGCGGUGAAAAUAUGAGAAAUACACAGUUUGCCCCUACAGACAGAAAAUUCUUAAGUCGAGGUUAUCUAAGUGAAUAACCUAUCCACUUCAAAUGACCAUGAGCAAACCUUCAGCAUUUGAAAAACCCAUGGAUUUUGACAGACCCAUGACCAUGGCUUCGAAAUCUCAAAGCCAUUGCCAACGCUCAAUGAGAGGUAAUGAUAAGUUGGAACCUUUUUUUUUAAAAUCCCGCAAGGGGGAGAUUUAGAACCAUGCGUUCAUGACGAAAAAUCAAAUUUUCUUUGUUUUUCCUUACUGAGUAGAUCUUAGUUACAAAUCUAAAUUGAAUGAAACAGUUUUGCAGCACAUGAUAUUAUUUCUAUUGGUUAAGCUGUUGAAAGAUGAUAUCAUCGGCCUAACUCACUCUUUUUUCACCAUGGAUUGAAGGGAGGGCAUCACAGGUCAUUUACGCUUAACUUGAUUAGGACUGGACAAAUUGAGUGAAAAUUUGGAAGUCAAUUUUUGCUUUUAAUUUGUUGUAGCUUCAUCUUCAUUGGCAUAAAUACAGAAAGGCUAUACAACUGUUCCAUCUGCUCUGCUAAAAAUCUCUGUAUUCUGAGAGGAUAUUUUCCUUGAAUGGAUUCAAAUACAAAUAAAUAGCUGACUACUCUUUCCUAUAAGGUUUUUUUGCUCUUCGUUACUCCCACCGCAGAGCUUUGAUAUCUCUAUCCAUGUUUGCUUUCCAUAGGGUCAGUAACAGUCAUCUGUUGGAACCGAAGUUCAACCCGCUUGUAAUUGGCUGGAGUGAGACAGAAUGCGCGCUUGCUGAGAAACCAAGUCAACGAAGGUAUUUAUAUGUGACAAUCUCCUUUUCUCCCAGUUAGCUGCAUGGUAGAUGUAAUCAUCCAAAGUAUACUUAUAUUAUAUUUUCUAUAACUUCUUGCCAUUAAUUUUUUUUGUAACUUUUGACACAUUUAAAUAGAAAUCACGCAUCAAGUUUCCGAUAUAGUAUGUAUUUUUCGUUUUCUUAUUGAAAUUGAACCAAAAAAGUUUAUUUUCACAUAUUGCAUAAUUUUUUUUGGGACUGAAAUGUAUUAAUCCAUGCGCAUGAAAUAGGAAUUAAUUUUUCUUCCGGGAGAAUUUUCUAACUUUCAUGGUUUGUAUGAUGUCAAGAUGUAGUAUCAUCGAGUGGUGGAGUUUGCCUAUUCAGAAUGCUAAAGGCAGAAAAAAAAAAAGACCUAAUAAUUUGUACUGGAACCUUGUAGAUGAAACUUUGUUUCAUGUCCUGACUAAAUUCGUGGCCGGCUUUCUAUUUUACUAGCAAAUGAAAGCUAAGACUGUGGAGCAACUCUCGAGGAAGGAGUUUAUGUUCCCUAUGUGCAUACUAUUGCAGGGGAAAGGUCCCUUAAUCUUAGCGGAUAAAAAUUUGAAAGACAGUAGAGGAUGCAAAGAUCGAGAGGCAAAUAUUUUUGAAAAAAAAUAAUCCCCCCAGAUAGAUGGCCAGUUUAUGUCCUGAUUUGGGAAGAACAGCAACAUGAAUUGUCAUCAUCAAACAUUUUAUACUUUAAAAUUAUAUUAAAAAAAUAAAUAAUAAGACCACAUAUAUAAAUGGUAUAAUUCAUCCAAUAACUAAUGGUAAAUAGCCUUGUCUUCCCUUUCAGGUUGCUUAAUUCUCACCAUCACAUGCCUCAGGUCCCCCCAAUUGAGGCUCUGGGAGGGGGAAGAGGAUGGAAGAAUAAAAGAGAGAAUGAGGUAGAGCUUGUGGCGGAGAGUGCUGGCAUGUUGGAUGCAAUGUAUUCGACUUCCCAUUUGAUUGAUUAUUCAUGCUGUUAAUUUUUUUUGUUGCAUAUACCUUUUUAUUCCAUUUUUUAUUUAAUUAUUUUCCUGACCUCUGAGAACCUCUUUUUUUUUUUUUUGCAUCCAACUCUCCGAAGUUUCCUGGCCAUCAUCUCUGUACAAGAAACUUGUCUCAAUUAAAAAAAUCAUAUUUAUUUAAAUGGCAAUCUCUGUAAAUCUUUUGCCUAGUUACGAUCAUCAACUGUAAAAAUAUAUGUUUUCUUGAUUUCUCCCUCCACGCCAAAAGAAUCUACAACCGAUCGGUCUGGAGAACAUGAAAAGCAGAAGACACCCGCCGGUUUCAUCUGCAGCACCAUCAUUCCAUGUACUUGUUCAAGUUAUUUUAUUUUAUUUUAUUUUAUUGUUAUCUUCCCGCGUUGAUAUAAAUAUUAACUGACUUAGUGGCUCUAUCUUGCAGAUUCUUGAGCCCCCCGGCAGCGGGAAAUCGUUUCAUGCCUGAAAAUGGUUACCCCGCAGAAUGUGGAGUUGCUCGGUACGAGAGGGCCCAAGAACUUGCUCUGUGUGAUGGCUCGAGCAGCUCUGAAUCUUCGAUAGGCAGAAGAACCUUCUUUCGCUGUUCCACUGGAUCUGUAAGCAAUGUACGCUAUUUGUGAGCGUUUUAAACGGAUCUAGAAGAGCGUCUCGUCCGAUUUUUGAUCGGUAAGUGAGGAACAAAGACUGCUAUGCCGUCACCGGAUCCAUAGAACUCGCGCAGUGGGCACAACUUUGUCGAGAAAUUGUUCGGGAGGGAGGGGGGUGACACCGACUUCGGUGGUAAUUAUCGCGUGAAGCAGGGCUGAUUUACAGGUCAUCACAAGUCGUAAAUCUUGCCCUUCGUGAGCCCGCCAGUGGCAGCGCUGGGCGGGGGCCGUGGCGCAAGAAGAGGAAGCGUCACUGGUAUAAAACCGGGUCAGCGGGCGGGGGGGUGGCGGGCCAAGAAGACGCCGAUCGUGAGGGGAGGGAGGGGACGGAGGGGAGAGAAGGAUAACACAUCGACCUCCUCCCGGCCAUGACGCUCUCCAAGGAAGUCGUCGGAGAGGCGGCGGUGGAAAUAGAGGUGAUGGCGGCGAUUGAAAGAGCUGCGGACCAGGAAGAGAACGUUCAGGGCAGUGGCGCCAUAUCGACCAUCGUCAUCAUCAUAGGUGGAUUUUCGUCUCGGCGGAAUCUUUUUCUUCUUCACUUUCUGAUUUUUCCGAUGUCUUCUGCUUGAUUGUCGAUCCUUAACGGCGCGUUACUCGCAACAGCGAUGCAGACGGAGGCUCUCCCUCUCGUCAACACAUUCCAGCUUACAGAGGACCCUGAUUCACCGUGAGUGAUGCUAAUCGCUUGUGGUUAUGUUGCUUCGAUCCAGUUUAGGGAAAACUUUUCAUCAGUGACCCAUAAUUCCGAACAGAAUUGGCUCUUCCGAUGGCUAUCUGUUUUUUUAUUAUCUAGCUUCCUUGCCAAUCUCUGAAAACACGGCUUUGUCGUACUACUCGAAGUGCACAAAAUCACGUUUAAGUCAACCCAGACUUCGCACAAUUCUUCCCAGUCGUCCUGACAAUUUAAUUUAUCGUCGAUAA